AUGACGAUUCAAACGCACCUCACCAGUAUUCCUUCUUUGCUACGAAGCAAUUCCUGUCACCAGCAAGGAGAAAACACCAUUUCCACCGCAACAGAGGAGAUCGACCAACUUGCAUGUCAAUUGAUGGAGAAGCUCAAUGAGCGUUCUACGGCAUUGGCGAAUGGAGCUCAGUUCGAUCUUGCCUUGCGCGAUGCUGAAGCUAUUCAAUUGCUGAACCGAUCCUCUUCCAUUGGCUACUUGAAAGCAGGCUACAUUUAUCAGCAGCAAGGACGACAAAAAGAAGCAGUAGCCAUAUACCAGGAAGGCCUUUCCAAUGUGCCAUCAUCGGAUGCGUGUUACACCCACCUCCAAAUGCAGAAUGCUGCGGCCUUGAAUGCAGCCAACAAGCGUAUUGAUUUCAUGAGUCGACUACCUCUGGAGCUUGUUGUGUCAGGGGUACUGCCUUGGGUGUUUCGCAACUAUCGCCUGGAAGCAGAUGUACGAUGCCCAUAUCUUUAUGUCUCACGCACAUGGCGGCAGCGCAUCUUGAAUUGCAACAACUUGAGCUUCGGUGUCAAAUGUGGAUAUCGAGUUAUGCCAUUACAAUUCCGAGAGCUUGAACGAUUUGCUGCACAUGUCAAAAAUUUGUGGAUGGAAGCAGGGAGAACAGUAUCGUAUGAGGAUCCUCUUUUAAUCUUCGGCGACUUCCAUUUCUCCAACCUCACGCAUUUCACCCUCUUCUUUUACGGAUAUGAGGAUUACAUGGUCACAUCUGCUCUUCAAGCGGUGCACCCUACUCUGACGCAUUUGUACCUUUACACGGAGGAUAAUAUGGCACCUGAUAUCCAUUUGGCCUAUGUCCUGGACCAUUGCCCCAACCUUGUGGCAUUGGAGUUGACCUCGUGGACCGUACAGCAUCUCACAGUGCAAUAUCCAAAGUUGACGCAUCUCGCCUUGCAUGUUGGGAUUGAGCCAGUGCCCUAUGAUACAAUGACGAAUGUCCUCUCUCACCUCCCAUCACUGGUGUUUCUUGAUCUAUUCCCGGUUCCAGGGUCACGCUUCUUGACAUCUAUCAGUCAACAUUGUCCGCAUAUGAAGCUCCUGAAAUGCAGUGGAACAGUGGGAUUCGAUCGCGACAACUACCAUCGUCAUCUUGAUGGAUUACAGAAGCUAUCUUUUGGAUUUGAUUAUGACGAGGAGCCAUACAACGCCAACCAUUUACUUCACAUUUUGCUUGAGCAUCGUCGGUCUCUCGACCAUGUCACCUUACAUGGCAGCAUUACUGAUCCAAGCACUCUAUUGGAACGUCACAACAUGGAUUCAACGUUGGAAUUUGGGCGUUUAGAACAAAUUGAAGUCGCUGCGUGCAAUAUGCAACUUGUUGAGUUCGCCGCAUUCAUCAUCAGCAGAUCACCACGCCUUCACAGCAUUGCGAUGGAUCACUAUACAGUAAAUAAUGAUGGCGUAUGUAGUGCUGUCACGCGAUUGCGCAAUGUACGCAAGAUUACGGCACGAAACGUCGUACCGGAUUCUCCAUCCUUUGAAAGUUUACUUCACCACCACGCACAGCUAGCCAUGAAUUCGCCUCUAAAGGAAUUGGAGAUCACGUUUGGUGUGAGUGCUUCACAUUUGCCUUGGGUAUCAGCCGUUGCAAGACUUGAAAGCUUGGAAAAACUUGUACUCUCGAUAAGGCUUAUUGAGAUCCCUUCAACGUACGUAUCCAUCAUAGGAAUGCUUGCCAAAGGAUGUCCAUCUUUGGUAUACCUGGAUUUAGAAUCUUGGCGUUGUACAAUACCUGAUGGAGCGAUCGCACAAAUGAAACAUCAUCCCACACUGCAACAUCUCCGUAUCCAUGCAUCAUCCAUUAGUGAUAGCGACAUCAUCAGCCUUUUAUCAUUCCCGAAUCUCAAGCAUGUCAUCAUCGUCUCAACAGUGAAGGAUUACCUAUUCGAAUUGUUACAGAAGCAUAUUCCACACGUUGAACAAAGACGCUGGUGA